CCUUGUGGGAGCUGGAAUGGGUCGGCGAGAGUGAACUGGGGUUUGAAUUCAAUAAUAACAACCCAAUUGGCCAAAAUCCUGAAAAACGCAGGUAAAAACAAAUUUGUACAAAAGGGAGGAAGCAUGAAGCGAGAUGUCAGGAUACUGCUGUUGGGGGAGCCUAAGGUGGGGAAAACAUCACUGAUCAUGUCUCUGGUAGGGGAGGAGUUUCCUGAAAAGGUGCCCCCCCGUGCUGAAGAGAUCACCAUACCUGCUGACGUCACACCUGAGAAGGUGCCCACCCACAUCGUUGACUACUCAGAGAAUGAGCAGACUGAGGAAAUGCUGCAAGAAGAAAUCGUCAAGGCCAACGUGGUGUGUGUAGUUUACGACGUCACUCAAGAGGACAGCAUUGAGAAGAUCAGAACAAAGUGGAUCCCUUUAGUGAAUGGAGGAGCAGACAAGGGAAGCAAAGUCCCGAUCAUCCUGGUAGGGAACAAAUCAGACCUGCGCUGCGGGAGCUCCAUGGAGUCCAUCCUGCCCAUCAUGAACCAGUUCUCCGAGAUCGAGACGUGCGUGGAGUGUUCUGCCAAGAACUUGAAAAACAUCUCAGAGCUGUUCUACUAUGCCCAGAAAGCCGUGCUACACCCAACUGCCCCACUGUACGAUCCUGAGGACAAACAGCUAAGGCCCCUGUGUGUUCGUGCCCUAAGUCGCAUCUUCAGUCUGUCUGACCUAGACAAUGACAGGAUCCUCAGUGACAGUGAGCUCAACAGCUUUCAGAAAUUGUGUUUUGGGAACCCGCUGGCACCCCAGGCUCUGGAGGACGUGAAGACGGUGGUGUGGAAAAAUACAAGUGAUGGAGUGCAGGACAAUGGAUUGACACUAAAUGGCUUCCUCUUCCUCAACACACUCUUCAUUCAGAGGGGUCGACACGAGACCACAUGGACCAUCCUGAGGAAGUUUGGCUACGAUGACUCACUGGAGUUAACAGAUGACUACCUCUACCCUCAGCUGCGUGUUCCAGUGGGAUGUUCCACAGAGCUCAACCACCUGGGACAUGAUUUCCUGCAGAAGGUGUUUGAGAAGUAUGAUGAGGAUAAAGACUCGGCCCUCUCGCCCGCUGAACUCAAGAAUCUGUUCAGCGUAUUUCCCUACACGCCUUGGGGUGCAGAAGUGUACAAAGCAGUCCCCACCAGCGAGGACGGCUUCAUUUCACUGCAUGGGUACCUGUGUCAGUGGACGAUGACUGCUUACCUGGACAUCCAUCGCUGUCUGGAGUACUUGGGUUAUUUGGGCUACCCCGUCCUCACUGAGCAAGAGUCACAGACUUCUGCAGUAACGGUGACGCGGGAGAAGGCCAUAGACCUAGAGAAGGGACAGACCCAGCGUACUGUGUUUCUCUGUAAGGUGAUUGGACCUCGUGGUACAGGCAAGACCGCCUUCCUACAGGCGUUCCUGGGCCACAGUUUAUUGAAACAGCAGAGUUCCAUGGGUGCCUUGUCCUACUACACCGUAAACACUGUCCAAGUCAGCAGCCAGGAGAAGUAUCUGAUACUGUACGAGGUGGACGUUGACACCGAAUUCAUCAAGGCCUCUGAUGCGGCGUGUGAUGUGGCCUGUCUCAUGUACGAUGUCAGUGACCCCAAAUCCUUCAACUACUGUGCCAGUAUCUACAAGCAGCACUACAUGGACAGCAGCAUUCCCUGCGUGGUGGUGGCCUGCAAGGCAGACCUCCCUGAGCAGAAGCAGCAGCACGGGAUCUCCCCAGCGGAGUUCUGCUACAAGCACCGCCUCCCGCCCCCCCUCCCCUUCUCCUGUACCUGCCUGGACACCCCCAGCACCUCCAUCUACUCCAAGCUGGUCUGGGCAGCCAUGUUCCCACACCUGAAUGGCUCAGACAUGAGCAGUACCUCCUUCUGGCUGAGAGUGACACUGGGGGCAGCUGUUUUCGCAGUCCUUGGCUUCAGCAUCUACAGAGCCCUCAUCCGGCACAAAUAGACCCUCACAGCUACAGCCUCCAGUCUGCCUGACGCAGCAAGCACCCUCAUCUCCAUUGACAGACUUAUCACAUGCAAAAGGGUGGGGCAUACAACUGCAUCUCAUUGCAGAUUCCCAACGCAGCACAGAGUCGCAGAUUCCCAGAAGCAUCUUUAAGGCCAAAGGCAGUCCAGUUUGAGAUCGUGUUUUCUUUUUCUCCUGUGGCCCUCUGCCGUAUGGUCUUGUCCAGGCAAAUCACCAUCAACCCUCUUGACUAUCAGCUGUCCCUCAGUGACAGGAGCUCAUUUCGCCUCGGCCAACAGGAGAUUUUGUUAAAUGCAGACACCGUGGGCGCUCCCAUGAUAUAAGGAGCAGUAUCAAUGCCUGUUUUAACCCUUUCAAUCUGUACCCAUUUAAAUACUCAGUGUACCCAUGAAGUAAAAGGACAAGUGAAAAUCUUUUUUUUUCCCUGACAUGAAAAACUGUUUUCUGGGGACAUGGAAGUAAUAUCUAAGCCAUCAGUUGUGUUGGCCUCGCUUAUCAGCUGGCACAGAACACAGAAAGGUAAAAGGAUACAUAUCCAUCGCGCCCUUGAUGCGACAUUGCGGUAAACGUGAAAGCUGCCCCACUGUUGCUUUCUGGAGCUGAAGGCAGUAUCGAGUCAUGCAUCAUUCACAAGCCCACGAGGAUCCUGACAUCCAUGGUUACAGAUGGAGGUCAUGUGACCAGCCCAGUCGCAAGGAACUGACUCUUUGACACCCCUGCUGUUGAUGGCUGAGAUCUGAUGCCUGCCUAUGAUGUCUCAUCUGAGCCCGGUGUCAAUAAGUAGAGGACCUUCCUGACUGGUCCAAUCAUGUAUUGCCCCGCUCAGAUAUUGAUCUUUAUCGUCUGAAUUUGCCAAAAUAGAACAGCCUCCCUCUCACAAACACUAAAUUGUAAUGCCAUGCAGUAACUCUGACAAAGUCCAGAUACCAUUCAACUCCUAUUGAAAUACAGAAAAUGUACUAAUGUUCUUCAUGUAUGUUUCAUUGGUAUUUUUAUAACUGUGUUACUUUGAUGAUGAGAGUCAGAGCUCACAUUUCAAAUACUUUUGAAUGGAUUGUGUGUUUUCACAUACAUGCUGCUGCUACCUGAGUCCUUUUAUUUUUGGUCCUCUAUUCACAAUGAGGAGCCAGUUUCUAUUGCAAGUGCAGCAACAACUAAAAUGUUGUAUUGCAGUAUGUCUCCAGAGUCAUCUGUACUUUAAAGUCACAGGUUAAUAACAACCUCUUCCAAAGCCAUGUACCAAAUUAAAUAUCUGAUUCUUAAGAAUCUAAUUCCACCUCUGCUUUUAGAUGAUAUACAGAGGACAAGCAUCCAUCCUGCUGAUGUCCACAGCACAUCUAUAUGCUCAUAAAGCUAUUGCAAGGUUAUUACAAUAUGUAAGAAGUCUGUUAGUUUGCAGCCUUACAGGGUGCUUUUUAACCUUUAAACCUACAGCCAAUGAGCAAGUGGAAGCCUGGACCAGCUGCAUUCAACUAGCAUGUUAUUUGGCAGAAAUUUGAAUGAUUUGCAGGGCACCACCCAACCAUUUGUUGUAAGUAACAGCAUGUUGCAGGUAUUCAAAUGCACUAGUAUUUUAACCCUGGCAAUUAUAUUUUGUGGUAAAAGUAUUAGUGGACAGAAAUAAAUGUUUAUUCUGCUUCUUCACAUAGUGUAAUGAAGAUUCAGACUAGGACUGAAAUUUGAGAUUUUUUAACCCCGUUUAGGUGUAAGCAGGACAAAGA